GUGGUGUGAGCUUUCACGAGUUGAGUAGUGUUCGCUGUGCAGACCUCAUUGUUCGUUGAGCUUAACCAAAUAAAAGCAAUUUGUGAAAAAUGGCAUUCAUUGGCAAGAAAUACAAACUGGACAAGUCCGAGAACUUUGAUGAGUACAUGAAGGAAUUGGGCGUUGGCAUGGUGCUGCGCAAAAUGGGCAACACUGUUAGCCCCACUGUGGAGAUUACCAAGGAUGGUGAGACAUACACCAUGACCACCACAUCGACCUUCAAGACUUCUGCCAUCAGCUUCAAAUUGGGCGAGGAAUUCGAUGAGGAGACUCUCGAUGGACGCAAGGUUAAGAGCGUCAUCACCCUCGAUGGCAACAAGCUGGUUCAGGAGCAGAAGGGCGACAAGCCAUCGACCAUUGUCCGCGAGUUCAAUGACAACGAACUGACUACCACACUCACCAUUGGCUCCGUGAAGAGCGUGCGCAUCUAUAAGGCUGCCUAAGUGUCUUCUAACUGCACCAUCAUGACUGAAUUAAAAACUGUCUACGAAGUAAUUCCCAGUUUAGUAAUAAUGUUAUUGAUUAACGGUUAAUGAAAGAUCUGCACUUUAAUUCUAAUGUUUAUUUAUAAACACAUGCAUCAUAUACACAUAUACAUAAUAUAACUAUGUAUGUAUGUGUGCAUGUAAAUGACAUGAAAGAUUUCAAAAUGCAUUUGAAUAAAACUAUUAAUUCGCUUUAA